ACAAAAACAUCGCAAGUGCUUUAGUUAAUGCAAACAUUUUGCUAAAUAAUAUGCAAAAAUAUUCUAAGCUUAAGUCAAAACAAGGGAUUAUCAGCAAGUUCAGAAAAUCAGCAACCAUUUUGACAUCGAAAUUUGGUCGGUAUAAGCUAACUCAAGAUGCAGCUGAUCUAAUCGCCGUUAUACUCUAUGAAGUAAACAAGAAACUUAUUGAUUCUUGUAUAUCUAAUAGUGGAAAAGGAGAAGUAUCUCCAAAAAAUGUUGUACAAGUUAUCAAAACUCUACUAUCCAAGGAAAUGAGCAGAUGCGCAUUAGCUACAGCAAAUCUUAAAAUAGUUUCGCACCAAUCAGGUAAAUUAGGUCAUAAAGUUAUGUCUGAGCAGAAAACGAAGGGAGCAGCAGUGAAGCCUGAAAUAUUUAAAAAAGGCCUAAUCCAACUAGCUACAUUAGCUCACAGACACUACUCUCUCUCUCCAGAUGUUCGAACAAUUAUGAGUAUCAUUUACAAAUUAGUAGCUAAAUUGUCUUUGAAAGCUGUAACUGAAAUUGGCGAAAAAUCUGAAAUGGAACUAAAAGAUGUUGUAUCUACAGUGCGAGCAUUUUUGCCAUCGGAUCUUUACUCACAUGCAGACAGCCACGCAUCUGAGAACGUUAGCCGGUACGAAAAUGAUCUGCUGGAUUUCAAAAUUAAACCAUUUUCCGAAGAGCAUCUCUCGGACACUCCAAAACAGUCAGAUGUACUUCGACCUGGUUUGAAAAAUUUAGCUCACCAACUUCAAGUGUCUUUCGGCAAAGACACGCUCGGUCGAUUGGAAGACUUACUGUGGAGUGCAUGUGAUGGUUUAGCUGAAAAAGCGUCUGAAAUUGCCAAACAAGAGAAAGCGAAGACAUUAUCUAUGAUUCACUUGUAUAAUGCAAUGAAAACCGCAUUCCCGUCGAGACUCUUCCAUCAGUCGUGUGCAAAUGCCGAGGCGUCCAUUCUGAAUUAUCAGUGCGGAUUGCUUAACUAUGAACCACCAACUCUGUUAUCAAGAGCAGAAGUAACUACUGAACCGGACUUAAAAGUUGUUACUGCAUUAAAUUUCAAAAAUACUAUACGAAGCAUCACACAAGAUUGUCAGCGGCGUCUUCUCUUUGGAAUAGGUUGUUUGGCAUUACUUAAUGACAUUUUAAAUGAAAUCGUCGGAAGUUUGGCAGAGAAGUGCAUAGAAGAGGCAAAUAAGAAGCAGACUGGCCACAUGAGUGAAAAUGAAGCUUUGGGAGCGAUUAAUAGUAUUUUUCCAGAGGAGAUGAAACGCCAUGCAUUUGCUCGUCUAUUAGAUGUACACAGAGAAGUUACCAGUAACUUCGGAGAAAUUGAUUCUUUCGGUUUAAGACAACCAUCGAAAUCUGUUCCUGAAAACAAAGUCACUGUUCAUCAAGAACUGCCUAUCGGCCAAAGUACAACUAAAGAAGAAGUUUUGCAUACACCAGAUAUAAGUACAAAUGCCGAUCCGGUACAAGAUGAUCUUGAGCAGAAUGUUUUGCAAAUUUUCUUGAUUCAGAACAAAAAGACACCACAAAGCUGGAAAAUAAUUCUGAUAUUCAAAACGCGGCAAAUAGCUCUGGUAUUCCACAACUAGAAAACAGAAUUAUAGUUCAGGAGCGGACAGAUAACGCAGCUGUCCGGCAAAAUCAAGAUAAUUUGAGCUCUGAGGAAACAGAAUUCCCUGUCACUAUAAACGAACGAAACAGGAGUGAGGUGGAAGAGAGUCUGGUGAAAUCGAAUGUAGAACACAGUCCAGCGACCCAAGAUGAGGGAAAAUAUUGUGGUUACUGAGAGCCAAAAUUUAAAUAAAGUAAUUUAUUGGACAGAUAUUCGUCCUUGGGAAUCUGCAAAUAGCUAAAUAGUUAUCAAACUUAUUAUCACCUGAUGUAUUCUUUAAUAAGUUUACUUUUUUGAACUUGCUCAAAAGAUGUUUAAUAUUUUGAAGCUUUUUACUCAAUAAAAAGUUUGACUA